GUCACAUCACCCUUUCUCUCUCCACGAGGAGAGUGUCCUCUUUAUCUCUCCUCUAAUAAUAAAACUUCGAACUUUCCCUCGAUUCACCCAGAUUUCAUUCCCCCGAAUUUUUCUCACUCCUCAAUAAAAAUGGCGUCCGAGUUUCGAAACGUUCCUCCUCCAUUCCAGACGUUUUUUCGAACCAUACUAUUGCACCACUUGCUAAUUUCUCUUCAUUUUAUUUCCCUAACUAAUGGUUGUUGGUGCUGCUCUUCCUAGUACUACUACUAAUACUACUAGCGUCUUGUUUGUUUGGGUUUACUUUACUUGCAAGCUUCUUUUUGAUGCGUUGCUCUUCUUCUGUUCAGAUCCAAACACUGUCUUAGCUCUUACUUUUCCCCUCGUCGUUUCUCUGUGUCGGCGAUGAAACGAUUUUCGCUGAUUCCCGAUCUGUCAAGCAAGCUUUUGGUAUGGCUGCUGGUAUCAUAUUGUACAGCAUUCCUUGUUACUGUGGAAUCUUAUGAUGCACCAUUACAGCCAUUAUUUGUAUUAGCAGCUAAAUCACCUUUAACUGCUUCCAUUAUUGCUGCAAAUGCCAAUCCACCACUUGUUGGGCUGAAGGAAAAACACUCACCACAAUACUUAAGGCGGAAUCUUGCAGCGGAACCAACUCAGGCUCCACACGAGCCAUUACUAACAACUACUCACCCUCCUGUUGAUUCUAGGUCGCCUAAAGUGGCGAAGAAAAGUGACAGAUCAGCACCACCAGUUGAUGGCCUUUCACCGCCUCUCCUGGCCGAAGCUGGUCCAGCGCAGUCUAGAUUACCUGAGCCACCUCUCUCUCCAGAACUUUCAAGCUGUUGUGGACCUGAUAUGGUACAGAAACGAGAGACCCCAAGCUGCCAUUGUGUAUAUCCAAUCAAGGUUGAUCUUCUGCUUUUGAAUGUGUCACAAAAUCCAAAUUGGAGUCUUUUCCUUGAUGGAUUUUCUUCAGCUCUGGGCCUUCGUGCUCCUCAGAUGCAAAUGAACAACUUUUAUUGGGUUACCCUGACGAGCUUAAAUAUUUCAUUGGACAUUACUCCACAUACUGGGAUCAGUUUCUCAGCUGCUGCUGCAUCUUCUAUAAACUCCUCACUUGUGUUGCAUAAGGUGUCCAUACCUAAAUUAGUAGGUGUGGAUGAUUACAGGCUUCUAAAUGUGACUUGGUAUCAGGCCCCUGCUCCAUCACCAGCUCCUCUAUCUGCUGCAGCACCUACAAAACCUCCACCUCACCAAACUUCAGCUUCUACAACAUCAGGGGCUCCUAACAACGGGAAGAACUCAGGCUUGGUUCUUGUUCUUGGCAUUGGGGCUGGAAUUUUGAUCGUUGCUGUUAUAUUUGUGCUAGUUAUGUGUUCUUGUUCAUCCCGCAAAAAGCCUAAACCAUCUUUGAAAGAUUCAGAGAAUCUGGUAUCAAAGCCAAAAACUUCAGAUGGAGGCCCAGUGGGAGGAUCUCUUCCACACCCUAGCAGUACACGGUUUUUGUCUUUUGAAGAACUGAAGAAGGCAACAAAUAAUUUCGAAAAAUCCAGCAUACUUGGAGAGGGUGGGUUCGGCAAAGUUUUCAAAGGUAUUCUAAGUGAUGGCACAGCUGUUGCUAUCAAGAAGCUUACCAAUGGUGGGCCCCAAGGUGAUAAGGAGUUCCUUGUUGAAGUCGACAUGCUUAGCAGGUUGCAUCAUCGCAAUCUUGUGAAACUUGUGGGCUACUAUAGUAGCCGUGAAGCCUCUCAGAAUCUGCUUUGUUAUGAGCUUGUUCCUAAUGGAAGUCUGGAGGCGUGGCUUCAUGGUCCUUUGGGGGUAAAUUGUCCAUUAGAUUGGGACUCGAGAAUGAAGAUUGCACUCGAUGCUGCUAGAGGUCUUGCAUACUUGCAUGAAGACUCACAGCCGUGCGUCAUACACAGAGAUUUCAAAGCAUCAAAUAUAUUAAUUGAAAACAACUUCACAGCUAAAGUUGCGGAUUUCGGCCUUGCCAAACAGGCCCCUGAAGGCAGGCAGACUUAUCUGUCUACUCGAGUUAUGGGAACAUUUGGGUAUGUUGCCCCUGAAUAUGCCAUGACUGGCCAUUUACUUGUUAAAAGUGAUGUCUAUAGCUAUGGGGUUGUCCUGCUUGAGUUGCUCACUGGAAGAAAGCCUGUAGAAAUGUCACAGCCUUCUGGCAAGGAGAAUCUUGUCACUUGGGCGAGGCCAAUUCUGAGAGAUAAGGAUCGUUUGGAAGAGCUCGUGGACCCAAAGCUUCAGGGAAAUUACCCAAAGGAAGAUUUUUUACGGGUUUGCACAAUUGCAGCCGCCUGUGUUGCUCCCGAAGCAAAUCAACGGCCCACGAUGGGCGAAGUGGUGCAGUCUCUUAAAAUGGUACAACGGGUUACCGAGUAUCAAGACGCUUCUGCCACAGGGUCUGCUAACAUGCCGCGACCGAAUCUUAGACAAUCUUCCACUACCUUCGAAUCUGAUGGGACUUCUUCAAUCUUCUCAUCAGGCCCUUACUCUGGUUUGAGUACCUUUGAUGAAAACAUUUCUAGAACUGCAGUUUUCUCAGAAGAUCUUCAUGAAGGCAGAUGAAAAAAAAGCCAUGGUAACUUCAAUUUUACAGUCCAGAAAAAUCAAAGAAACAGCUCAUGUUAGUCAGAUGUGCAGGUUUUCUAUGCUUUUCAAGGUUGAUCUGGGUAAUCAGUGAGGUUUACUUAGCAGGAAAUCGAUGUAUAUAUUGAUUAUGGUUCGAUUCUGAUCGGGUUCUUUCAUGAUCUUACAAGGGGGACUUCAAGAUUUCUGGGUUAAGGACAUUCCUUUCUUUUUUUACCUCACCUGAUUCACCCUCUUCUCUAUUCUGGGAUUACCUUUUUACCCAUCUUUGUUAAAAUAUCAAAUCUAUGUACAUUUAACUUCCACUGUCAGAGACUCAGAGUUCUGUAAUUAAAGUCAAAAUGUGCAGGCUGCUGUUUCUUCAGAAAGUUCAUGGCAGAUUUUCUUCUUGAACUUUUGUUUUUGUUUUGGUGUGAAUUUGUAAACAUAAAAAAGAAAAAAAAAAAAGGAGCAAUUGAGUUAGGAGAUUUUGUUUGGUUCAUU